UCCUAAUUCACUGUGUUCUCGUGCACCCUCUCUAACAUAACUUACUUCCAAACAGACAAAAAUGGAAAGGGAUUUCCACCCAAGAAAAAAAACUGUUAACCCAAAAGCAAACAAUUGAGUCUUCAACACGCAUAUUUACCACCCAAUCUUUGUCCUUAUCUUCUUUAAAAAAAAUAAAAAAUUAAUGAAUUUCACGCCAAAGUGUUUUAAAUUUCGAUUACUCACCCAUCUGUCGAAUCCAUUAGUCUGCUUUGAACUUCCAAAAGGUCUCGUGUUCGAGUCUCUGAAAAUGGCCACGCAAAUCCAGAUUGGCGGUGGAGGACAAGGUGAUUCAGUGGCUGCACAGAAAUCGGAGGCCACGAAGAAAUUCAAGAAAAUAAAGAAGUUGAAGAUGAUUUUAAUCACCGCCAGCACAGCAGCGGUUUUAGGAUUUCUGCUGUUUGAGACGGUAAAACCGCCGCCUUUGCGCUUCCUGUGGAUCAUUUGCGGCAGCUCCCGCUCCAUGUUCAUUCUUUUAAACUUCAUUAUUCUUGUUCUGAACAUCAAUUCUGGAAUGCUAACUGCUCAAAAUCAAAGCUUCGAUAUAUACGCAGAGUAUUUCAAGAAAAGCGCGGAGAACAGGGCAAAGUAUGAGCUUUUCACGGAUUACACCGGCCAGAGAGGUGACGGUGCCGCCAGGAAGUAUGAGCGCAGCAGGUCGGAGAAGAUAAAGGCGGCGAGCGUGAGGAAAUUUAAACGCUCGGAUUCCGCCAUUAGCCGUACAUGUCAAGACCGGCUUCAAUCUCCUUCGACUGGAAUUGUCUCUGAUGAAGAACUGAACAAGCGUGUGGAGGAUUUUAUUGCUAAUUUUAACAGGCAGCUGCGCCUCCAGAGGGAACAAUCUUUGUCCAGUUGAAUGUACGCCGGGUCGCUUUAUAAAUCUUUGCUUUCUUGUAAAAAUAUGUGAGCAAUUUGCGAAGGUAAAUGUUGUAUAGCGAAUUUACGUCAGGUCGCUUUAGAAAUCUUUGCUUUCUUGUAAAAGUAUGUGAGCUAUUUGCGAAGGUAAAUGUUGUACAUGCAUUAGCGAUUUAGAUCUAGUCUGAGCUCUGUUUUUCAUGUAAAAUCCCCUGAUUUCGUGUCUUGCUGUAAAGCCUGAGAAACACAAGGUUUUCUGUGUAAAUCUUCUGUACAUUCAACUGCAAAUCAAUUCAGAUUUUCUGUA